AAGAACAAGCGUCCUUACACAACCGAGAAGGAGCUGCUUGAAGACAUGGAUUCGAAACUAAAUCUCGGCAUAACUUUCAAGUCAUUUAACGGAAAGAAGCUUUCCUUUGUAAUUCACACAAACGAAAAAAAGAAGGAGGGCCCAAUAGAAAUUAUGGAGAGCAUGUUAGAGAAUUGGAAGUUUGCA